AUCUCUUGGCAUAAUCGUGCAUAUUUUUUCUUCCGCAGAGAAGAAUCGUACGACACAAACCCUAACCCCCUAGAUUCUGAGAGAGAGAGAGAGAGAUGGAUUCUUCAGACGAAGCAAAGAUAUUCAUAGGAGGGAUAGCAUGGGAAACAACAGAGGAGAAGCUGAAAGAACACUUCAGCAACUAUGGAGAAGUCACUCAGACCGUGGUCAUGCGCGACAAGAUCACCGGCCGUCCCAGAGGCUUUGGUUUCGUUCUCUUCUCUGAUCCUUCUGUCCUCCACUCCGUUCUUCAUGAUACCCACUCCAUUGAUGGCAGAACCGUGGAGGCUAAGAGGGUUUUACCAAGAGAAGAACAGCGCACCUCCUCCAGACCUGGACAUCCAAAUACUGGCCGAAGCUUUGAAGGGACGGGAAAUUAUAAAACCAAAAAGAUAUUUGUUGGAGGGUUGCCUUCCACACUGACAGAAGAAGGAUUUCGUCAGUAUUUUGAAACUUAUGGCAAUGUAACUGAUGUUGUAAUAAUGUACGAUCAGAAUACGAAUCGGCCUCGUGGUUUUGGAUUCAUCACCUUCGACACAGAAGAUGCAGUCGAUAGAGUUCUCCACAAGAACUUCCAUGAACUGAAUAAUAAGCUUGUUGAGGUGAAACCAGCCCUUCCUAAAGAGGCAAAUCCAGGUAGUGGUGGUGGUGGCGGUGGCCGUGGUGGAGGCCAUCAACCCUAUGGUUCUUCUGGUGCCAAUGCUAGCACAUUUGAUGCUCGAAUGGAUGGCGGUCGAUUUAUGCAGCCACAAACUGCUGGUGGUGGUGCUUAUGCACCAUAUCCUACCUACGGAGGACCGAAUUAUGGAUAUGGAGCUGCAAAUAGCACUGUUGGCUAUGGUGGAUAUGGUGGUUAUGGUGCUGGUGGCUAUGGAAGUGCCAAUAUUGGCUUUACUGGCCCUGCUGGGGCAUAUGGAAACCCAAGCGCCGCUAAUGCUGGUUAUGUAAGUGGUCCAGCUGGUGCCUUAAAAAGCCCAUGGAGCAACCAGGCUCCAGGGUAUGGUGCUUCAGGCUACAGUGCAAAUGCAGGGUAUGCACCAGGUAUUGUUGGUGCUGUUUCUGCACCAAUGGUUCCAUCUCCAGGUGGGGCUUCUGGGUAUGGGAGUCAAGGGUAUGGUUAUUAUAGUAAUUACGGUGGAAGUGAAGGCUCUUAUACUAAUUCUGGUGGGGGUGCCCCUAACAGCAAUUCUGGUGGCAACAAUGCUGCAGGGGGGCAUCAAGGGACAGGUGGCGGCUACACGGCGUAUUCAAAUACUUCCUGGAGAUCAGACUCUUGACUAGCUGCUGGUUGUGCUAGGGGCCCAACAAUGCUGAUCAUAUUGCUUGAAGUUCCUGGGACUGGUUGGAUUUGCUUGAAUCUUAAUUGUAGUUUGCAGUAGCUAUCUUUCCGGCAUGGAUUUAGUAGUAGUUAGCAAUAGUAGUAUUUUGCCUCUCAUUUUCUUUGUCUUUCUUGAGUGCUAGUGUUAGUGUUAGUGUUAUACUUCAGAUUGCUUAUAGUUGUAUCUGCUAGCUUAAUUGAAACCCUCCCUUCCCUUCCCUCUCUUCCUCGUGAUUUUCAAAUGCUUUUCCUUUUCUUUACUGUUAAAACUAGAGUGGUAUCUAGUUGACUUCCUUUUGGCUACAGGUAUUCGUGAUAAUCUCUAUAUUUGAUUUUGUGAAUUGCAUUAGCAUAUAUCUCAGAGAAUUUGAUGAAUAAAGACAUUGACAUGAAGCAAAGGUUCUUGGUAAUGUUGUCAGUGGAUUUCUAGGCAGCCUUAAUUGAUCGCUACAUUGUGGGUAGGAGUAAUCAUAGUGGUAGUCGUCGCAACUUUUAUAAGGCAUAGCCAUUUUCUUGCCUGAACUUGCCUUUUUGUACAGGAGAUAGAGAUACUCCUAUCCGAAAUUGGCACUCGUGGAACUCUUAAAAAUGUUAAAUGGCAGUUGUGGCAUGAUGAGGAUUCUAAAGUGGACUCUUUGGAUGAGGCAGUGUUCACCUGAUCUUUCAUGCAGAAUGUGAAGGAGGCUCUGGAGUCUUUCAAGUUCAAACAAGAUAUGAUUGAUCUCUAAAAUGAAUUGUAUCCACCAAGUGGUUGGCCAAGCAGGAGGGGCAUAUUUCGCCAUCAUUCGUUCCUACUUUGGUUCUUGCAUUGUAACAACCACUUUGGUUUCUUUACUUUCAUGAUGUGUAUCAAUGAUAUUUUUCUAUUUUAUCAGAAUGUGAUAGAGAUAGAAGACUGAUAUGAUUUUCUAUGACAUUGAUGUUUAAGGAAAUUGUUUAUUCAUGUUCUACCA